AGACAGGAGUUAUUCUUCUCUUCGAUACGUCUGUGCCAACGUGCAGCGCGGUGCGAACUCUCCAAAACAACCAAAACAAAGCAGAGCGAGUCCAUCCCUGUACGGAGGAAGGAAAGGAAAUCAUCCAAACCGGCAGCAGCACCGCGCUCAAUACAUUCGCCGUUGUGUUUCCCUCCUGUACGCGACCUCGUCUUUUCUUCCUUGCUUUGUUCCAGCGGCACGGAAGGAUGUAUCCAGACCGGCGUCCAUACGCAACGGCGGUGCCGCACCGCGGCUACUGCGCCAAGCCGAUCGCCCCCCGGCCGCCGGCCGAUGCCCUCGCGAUGCUGCGCUCGCACGUCGGCUACGACGAUCUGCGCCGCAACGGCCGCGAAGACGACGACGCGAAGUUCACGGCGUCCUCGAUGCGGACACUGGCCGGGCGUACCUAUCCCCCUCCGACCGCCACCUCGGCCACAGUCCACACCGUUGAUACGCAGCGUCUGCUGCCAUCCACCGAUCGCUCCGUAGAGGAGGCGCUGGCCGCGGCGGAGCUGCAGCCGCCGAUUGAGCACGAUGCUCUUACCUACCACGGCUGCCAACAGGCCGCUCUGAAUGCGGAGCUGCGUGACAAGACGGAAGCUCACGGCGCGGCCAGGUCCGCCCGCAUCGCGGCCGUGCGAGAGCUGCUGGCGAGCCUGCCCGCAGAGAGUGCGGUGCUUGGCAACAACGAAGUUGAGAGCCUGCAGAAGUACCUCACUGCGUACCGCUGCACGGAGGAAAUGACGGUGCCGGAGACGGAGCUGCUCCCGCCUGAGGAGGCCCCGCUGUGUACGCCGAUGGCGGAGGUCGACAGCAUGACGCAGCUGCCGCCGGUGCCGUCGGAUGCGAUGCGGCGGGCGCUGGACGACAUGCUGAGCUCCCAGUACUUGUUGGCCCCGCUGGAGAACUACUUGGCUCGGCUGAGCCUUUUGGAUAAGCUAAGUGCAAUGAAAUGGCGUGGAGAGGAAGGUGCUGUGGGGGGCGCCGUUGUCACCACCACGCCUGCCUCGGUGGAAUCGACGUCGAAGGGGGCGACGCAAACGGAGGAGACGGUGUUGUGCCCCAGCCGUGCGGCGGUGGCCCUGCACGAGCGUCUGCACUUCAACCCCGGCGACUACUCCGAGCGGGAGCUCAAGAAGUCGGAAGAGGCGCUGCUGGAGCUGCAGCAGCGGGUGCAGGCCGCGAAGCAGCAGAAGGAGGACGCGAUUGACGCCAACGACCCGGUCACCGCCCUGCGCAACCUGCACGCCCAGGUGGACUUCUCGAACGACCUGCUGUUACUCUACAAGGCUCGCAUGGCACAGGUCGAGAUGCACACCGACGACGUGCAGGACUUCCGCUGCGAUGUCGUCGCUCUCAUCGACGAUGCCCGCCGCGCCGCGGAAGCCGUGCUGGUGUACGCGCAGAGGGCACUGCCCACCAUCCAGCAUGACGUCAGCGCCACCGCGCGUGCGAUCAGCGCGAGCGACAAGGCGCUGGAUGAGGCGCAGGCUACCGAGAAGGCGGCGGAGGUGCAGAUGCGGGAGCAGCUCACCACGAUGGAUGGCGAAUCGCGCGCUCUCUGGAAGGAGGUCCUGGCGCUGAUGGAGAAGAUAUCUGAGAAGGCGCAGGAGCGAGGCCACUACGUCCAGCAGUGCAUGUCACGGCGGGAGCAGCGGGCGAAGGUCGUGGCAAAGGUGGAGGCCACGCGGAAGGCGCAGGAAGCACACGCUGAGCGGCUGCGCCAGUGCGAGGAGGUGCUGACGCGGUGGGAGGGCAUCGGCAGCGUGUACACCAAGUACGUGGAGGCCUGCGCACCGAAGCUGCUGCAGCACCUCGCGGCUGUCGAGGACGCCCACGACGAUCUCACCCAGCGCGAGGCGGAAGGCUACGUCUCCGUCUUUGAGCAGUUCGUCUACGCCGCCGAGGAGGCGCGUGCGAAGCGGCGGACACAGGCGGAACGCAUGCGACUGCUGCAGCGCAGCACGCAGCUCAACCAGGCCCGCGCCGAUGAGACGCUGGACCCCGACGCGGCCUCGCACGCGCAGCGCCUGGCGGACGCCACUCAGGAACUGGAGGAGGUGCAGCUCUACCUGAAGUACGUGAACGACAUGGAGGCAGAUCGCCGUGCGGAGGUGGACCCGGUGCUGAUGCGUGUACUUGUCCGCCACGCGCAGUCGCACGUGGAGGACGACAACACGGCGGAGUCGCCACCAGCACAGGAACUGCUGGAGAAUGGAGGAAGCGCUCCUUCUACCGCUGCUGCUGUUGCAGCGAAGGAGGCAGGCGCUGCGCUCGACACUGAGCCGACGAGGAACAGUCCAGCGAAAGAGCGUGAGACACCUUCUUCUGCCGUCGUGGCAGCCGCAGCGACCUCCACGUCCGACAGAAGCGAUGCGCCAGUAUCGAACAACGGUGGUGUGAUGGUGGCGACGGAACCUGCCGAUGCCGCAGCCCCUGCCAACAUGACCCAUCCGUUUGUCGCGGCUCGCCAGAUUGGAUUCGCGCAUGAGGAAAAGUAUCUGCGUAAGCAUGAGCAACUGACGGAGCGUGAGCUGCUGGAGCUGGAAGGGAAGCAGACGGGGCUGCGCCACAGCCGCGAGGAGCUGCGGGCCAUGGAGGCCAAGUACCGGAAUGCAGAUGCCAUUCGCGCUCUUCUCGGCCUGAGCUAG